UUCGCAUCUUAAAUAUUCUGUUCAGUACAUUUGGAACAUUUCUUGCGUAGAAUUCGUUUGUAACCUUCUGUUUAAAGUUUUCCAACAUGUCUGGUGAAGAAAUUGACCAACGCAAGAAAAGCGUUUUCAUUCAACGUCCCAAACGAAAAUUAUCUUCCAAAUUCGACGAUGCGUUCGAUCGAAAGUACAAAAAUGCCGUAAAAGCUUAUCAUAACUACAUGGAGGGAUUAAAUUUAGUGCUGAAAGAAAAAGAGGCGAAAAUGUGCAAAAUCCUGCAUAAACGUAGCGUACCGCUUUGGUUUCAAGAGUUAACCGACGAACAGUGUGCGAUCUGCGACCAGUUGCUCGAUGCCAUUGAGGAUGAUACGAACGAGCGUACUUUUUAUCGCACGAAAACACUGCUCCGCAAGCUGGGCAUCUAUCCUAUCUGUUCGAAAAGCAUCUUACGCACUGCACUCAUUCUCUGUAGCGGGAAUGAUAUAUCGUUCAUCUGGAUCAUCCUCGAAUUGCAUUACAUACGCCGUCCGCGAAAGGACGGCACUCGCUGUGCAAAGGACUAUACGAUCAAUGAACGGUUACUUCUAUCGGCAAUUGCACACUUGGAUAUGCUGACCACACUGCGUGGUUUGGAAAAGAUCUUACCACCGAAGAAGGUCCCAAAUGAUACAUCGCAAGUAGAUGCAAAAAGGAAAGAAACAUCCUGUCCAAAAUCUUCUCCCUCUUGUGGCAAAUCUCCUUACGCAUGCCGUCAAAAAGUUAUCAAUAGCGGAUACACCGUACCGGUUCAGGUUCAACCGCAUCGUGACGAAUUUCUAGGCAGGUAUGAAAAGUACCGAGACCCGGAAUACGUCAUACGCAAUGAAGAGUCCCGUUGGUUUGCACGAUAUGGAGGUUCAGGGCGCAAUCUCUCUUCCUGUGAUUACAUCUACUCUGUCGACGAUACACAACAAGACAAAUGCUCUACGGCAAGCAGUGAUCAUUCGAUAAAUAGCGCCAGUGCUGUCGUGAUGGCCCUACUGGAUGAUCACAUUCGUAACAUGGUCGCCCGGCAAGAAUGUUGCCAGCUGCUCUGUCCCAAACAUCACCAGCUAGACGAACAGGGGGCACAGUUUUUGGGAAUUCUAAAGCGCAACACUUCCGCCCGGGCAGUCCUGAUGGAGGCGGUACGCGCACAAUGUGUACAAUGGGCGGACGAGGAGCUACAGGACGAUGCUAAAAGGCAAGUGGAGAGUUUAAUCAAGCGGCUCGUUGAUGAAGCGGUUACAAUGGCGAUCCUGGAACCGGCCAACGAAUGUCCCGACUGUCGGGAACGAUUUGAAAUGCAACAGAAACUUUUGAAAGGACAAAAGUGUACCUGCGUGGAAUCGGAUGGUUCCAGUACGCUUGUACCUGAGUCAAUAGCGAAUUUGAAACAGCAUUACUUUAAAUUCUCUGACAAACUGGUCCCAUUUGAGUUUAAUUAUGACAACAUAUUCAAUGGGUAUGAGCAAAAGGAACCGGUUUGUCCCAUUAAAAGUGCCAUACAGCGUGCACUCGGGGUGGAGGAAACCAGCACCAUACGGGACAUAGACAUUGAGCACGCCAUCGAGAAGUUUGCUAAGAUGACAUGGGACGAAGAGAAGAAACACUGGCAGGAACAGAUGGGAAAGGAUAGGGUUCAACCGGAAUCCCCACCUAAGCCAACUGAUCCACUUGAAGUAGACUAUAUAGACACGAAGGAUGUGUCCCUCUUGCAGGAUCUCCUAAAGCGUGCACUUCGCCGACUUGCCGAACAUCCGAAGUAUUUCCUAGCCACCUUUCCUUGUGCUGAUAAGCUACCAAUCUUGAAGGCUUGGAUACGACAUCGAUACGGAGUGCCCAUUACACCAAAGGAAAGAAAAACCGGAUUGCUGGAGAGUAAACAUUUCUGGGACUAUCUCACACCGCGUGCGACCACUAUGCGAUGGCCAACGCGAAAAGAAAUCGGCAUGCAGUUGCAGGUAAACUGGAAUUAUAAAUCGAAAUUGGAAUCGACGGCUGGCAAUUUGAUGUACAAAUUCUAUAGAAAGUUUAAAAAUGUUCAAAUACAGGAAGGUCGCAUUUUGUGGACCAGUAUGAUGCCUUACCACUCCGGACCGGACAGCUUUCGGCGAACGUUUUCGGCUUACUUUCCGAAUUGUGAACCAAACAUGAUACCUCAAGUACGUCCGUGGUGUCCUUUCCAGUACCGAUCGAUGCCGAAAGUGAAGGGCACCAACAGUAGAAGCCGAUUUUAAGCCUUUUGCAAAUGAAUUUAAUUGAAAAGUAUAUAUUUUCAAUAAGGUAA